AACUGAGACAGCAAACUCGCACUCUCAGUCUCUCCUCCCAUCACCCUCAGCCACAGAUUCUCUCUAGUAUACACACGCAGUGUUUCUUCGGGCCACUCCCCCGUCCAUUUUAUUGCUCGAGGGUCUUUUAGACGGUAAUACUACAUCUGUGGGUUGUUGAUUUAGGUUUGACACCUCCCGAAAACCCUACUUGGUGUUAUUAUCAGCCACUCCGCACGGGUGGAGUUGAGCAACGUUCGGUAUUUCUUCUUCGAAUGGAGGGAGGUAGCGUCUAUAGACUUUCUUCAUCUGCUACUCUUUAAUUCAUCAUGUUCGGUCGAGCUGAUUAUUAAAUUCAGUGCAUUAACCAUCGUAGUAUUUAAUGCCGCUGAGUUUCAGCUGUAUCUCGUCUCGAUUUUAUUCCCCACAAAUUUCAGCGCGUCGCCAAAAUAUGACUCUGUUUAGACAAAUUUUGCGAUAUGCUAGUGCCACAGACCUGAUUUUUUCAAAGUGAUACACAAACCUUCUUGCCUCCGUAAACUCAUUCAGCUUGUACUAAUAGGUAAGACCUUAUGCCUGUAGUGCAACAACCUCAUUGUGUUUCUUUCAUUUUUUAUUUUUUUUUGCCAUUAUUUCUUUGAAUUACGUGAAUACUCGCAUUUAACAAAAUUCCAAUUAGAGACAAAACUUGAUGAAGACUAAGGCUGGAUCUGAAUUGCAAUUGUAAGGACUAAGGCUGCCAUGGGAUAUCAUCUUUUCAGGAGUAAUAUUUUCUUCAUUUAUACUUGGACAUUUUACCUUAGCUCCUAUUUUAUAGAUUCAUGUUUGCCGACCCAAACUCUUUUGGGAUCAAGGCUUGGUCGUUGAUGUUGUAUACAUAGACAUUUGACUUCCAAUCAGGUUGCUUUCUUUCCAAAAAGAGAAUCCAUACUUUGGAUUCAAGGAUAGAGUCAAAGAGAUCACAGAUGGACUAUAAUGGCAAUGAUUACCAAAGCAAGGAUCUUCAUGUAGCAGGUGAAGAUAGCUCGAAAGUCUCCCCUGUUUUGCGUCCUUUCACUCUUCCCAGAUUUGAUUUUGAUGAUAGCCUCCAAGGCCAUUUAAGGUUCGACAGUUUAGUUGAAAACGAAGUUUUUCUUGGAAUUCCUUGUCAGGAAGACAACCAGUGGAUUGAGGAUUUUCCUCGAGAAAGUAGUGGAAUCGUAGAGUUCAGUUCAAGUGUUACUGAGCCUUGCUCAAUCACUGGACACAAUAAUGUCUGGUAUGAGGCAACAUCAUCAGAAUCUGUUGAAAUGCUGUUGAAAUCAGUUGGUCAAGAACAUAAUCUUCCUGAAGACACUACUAUUCACCAGUCAAAUUGUGGCAAAGAAUUGAGUGAUGUAACCCAUAACAUGGAACCUAGCUUUCUUGAGGAUGAUAAAAUGGACUAUGUAGAAGAUACUAUGGUCGAUGUACAAACAGAUCAGUAUCUGGACAAGUUUUCCAGGUCAAGUGAGAUUACUGAUGGAGAGAAACACCAUUUUAAAUGUACAUUAUCGGUGGCAGGAACAUCUUUUAAAAUUGAUGCCAACUCUGAAUCUUCACCUUUGCUGGAUAAGGAGUGCAGCUUGGUCACUCCUGAAAAAUGCAAGGAAAUCUUGCCAUCAUCUGAACCCUCUCAAGGCAUCAAUUCACAUAUUAUUGUCUCUUCUGAAGUGAAUGAAUGCAAACACCAACUUGAGGAACCUAGCUUGCUUCAAGAUGAUAAGAUGCACUAUGUCAAAGGUCCUGUUAUUGGUGUGCAGUCAGAUCAGUUUCUGGAUAAGUUUCCUAGUCCGAGUGAGAUAACUGAAGGAGAGAUAGGCCAUUGUAAAUGUGAAACACCGGUGUUAGGAACAUCUUUGAAAAUUGAGGCCAACACUGAAUCUUCAGAUUUGUUAGAAAAGGAGUGCAACAUGCUCACUCUUGAAGAUUGCAAGGAUAAUUCUCUAUCCCAUGAAAAUUCUCAAGAAAAAAACUCACAUAUUUUUGUCUGCUCUGGAUUGAAGGAAAGUAAACACCAACAUGAGGAACCUAGCUCACUUGAGGAUGAUAAGAUACAUUCUUUAGAAGAUCCUGUGAUUUGUGUACAAACAGAUCAGUGUCUGGAUAAGUUUUCAAGGUCAAGUGAGAUAAUUGAAGAACAGAUGGACCAUUUUAAAUAUACAUCAUCAGUGGAAAGAUCAUCAUUGAAAAUUGAUGCCAACACUGAAUCUUCAGCUUUGCUAGAAAUGGAGCGUGACUUGCUCACUCCUGAAGAGUGCAAGGAAAGUUAUCAUUUCUCUGAACCUUCUCUAGUUAACAAUUCACAAAUUAGCGUCUCUUCAGAAGUGAAUGAAAGCAAACACCAACUUGAGGAAACUAGCUUGCUUGAUGAUGAUAAGAUGGACAAUGCUGAUGAUCCUAUGGUUGGUGUACAAACAAAUCAGCUUGUGGACAAAUUUUCUAGGUCAAGUGAGAUAACUGAAGGAGAGUUUGACCAUUCUAAUUGUACAUCACCACAGGUGGCAGGAACAUCUGUGAAAUUUGUCUCCAACGUUGAAUCUCAACUCACUCCUGAAGAACAGAUUGACCAUUUUAAAUAUACAUCAUCAGUGGAAAGAUCAUCAGUGAAAAUUGAUGCCAACACUGAAUCUUCAGCUUUGCUAGAAAUGGAGCGUGACUUACUCACUCCUGAAGAGUGCAAGGAAAGCUCCCAUUUAUCUGAACCUUCUCUACUCAACAAUUCACAAGUCAGUGUCUCUUCCGAAGUGAAUGAAAGCAAACACCAACUUGAGGAAGCUAGCUUGCUUGAUGAUGACAAGAUGGACUAUGCUGAUGAUCCUUUGGUUGGUGUACAAACAAAUCAGUUCGUGGACAAAUUUUCUAGGUCAAGUGAGAUAACUGAAGGAGAGUUAGACCAUUCUAAUUGUACAUCACCACAGGUGGUAGGAACAUCUGUGAAAUUUGUCGCCAACCUUGAAUCACAACUCACUCCUGAAGAAUGCAAGGAAAAUUCCCUAUCUGCUGAACCUUCUCAAGUCAACAAUUCACAUACUAUUGUCUCUUCAGAAGGAAAAGAAAGAAAAAACCAACUUGAGGGUGAUAAUAUUCAGCAAGAUGAUAAAUCUGUUUCCUUUAAGAGCUUUUGUGCAACAGAUGUGAGAGAGGCUGAUGACCAAGAUGCAAAUCUUGAGAGGGAGGAAGUGUCGUCAUCAAAAAUAACACAUGAACAAAACAAUGUCAAUGAACAAGAACAUAAUACUAUUGAUAAUAGUAGCUUGAGUUCUGAACUUGUAACUGGAAGCAAUCUUUUCCAUGCAGAUGAUCAUGUUAGCCCAAGAGAUGUGUGUCUUCCUGCUGAAAUUCAAGAGGUGACACAUGUAGGUGAGAAAUUUGAAGGCGGGGAAGAUGCCUUAAGGUCAUAUCACUCAUUUGAAGUGGAUUACUGUGAUAGAGAUCAUGUCUCUUCCCAUGCCACAUAUGAUGAUCCUGAGAAGAUAUGCAGAGAAGACUCUUCCUCAAAGCAGCCAAUUAAUGCCGUCAACAGAGAUCUAGACGUUUCUUUUAAUGAGAAAGAGGAAACUGUGUCAACUACUGUUUCUAGUGACAUGGAAAAUAAUAAAUCAAUUGGUCACCUAAUUGAGACUGUAUCUUCUUUGGGUGUAGAGUGUUUAGCACAUGUUGAGAAUGUUCAUGGGACAGAGUUUGCCAAAAAAAAAGUAAAUAAAGCGUUAUGCACUGAGGAGGAAGAUGCUACCCACUCCUCACAUGACAUAGGGGACAAUGUCUCAUUCACUGAAAUAAGUGAUGUUCCAGCUGCAGUGGUCAAUCAAUCUGAGAAGCUGCCAUUGCCAGUUAAGGACGAAAUGGAUACCAUCUGCCCUGCUGAAAAAGCAAACUUAUCAGCAUCAGGUUCAUCCUUUCAGAUGGAAAUCCAGCCAGGUCCUGUUUGUGGUGUUGAGAAAGGCGUGUAUGUGCCAACACUGUUGAAAGGUAUUGAUCAUUUCAUUUUCAACGUAGCUGCUGAUUCUGAGACCAAAGCUGACCCAGCCAGUGUUUCUGGUGAAAUUCAUCUAGUCCAUUCUAUGGAUGGAGAUAUAGGUCACCAGCAUGAAUCAGUUUAUCCAGGCACACCAAUGACAGCUGAUCAUUCCAUUCCUGUGAUAGAGGCUGCUGGUACAGAGACCAAGACUGACCAAGCUCGUGUUUCUGGUGAAGUUCGUCAUCAUUCCUCCAUGGUUGAAGAAAUUGUUCAUCGGCAUCACUUAGCAGCAGAAUUGGAAGGUCAUGAUGCAAAUGGAACGGCAGGAAAGCAUGUGGAAACCGAGAGCGUGGAGAAAAGUGAGAGUGAAGUUUCCAAGGAACAACAUGCACCUAACGUGAGUUCCGUUGUCACAACAAGCACUCUGAUUCAGAAUACCGAGAGGGAGAAGCGAGAGGUUGACAAUAAAGGCGCUGCUGAGAGUGUGUCAUGUCCUCUGGAUAUAGAUGAUUUUCGUGGUAAAGUAGAGUCAAUGUGCGUCAAAUCUAGUGCAUACUCAUUGAAGAAAGAGAUGGGCAAGGACUCACAACUAUAUGGCAGUAGCAAAAUCCCAGAAGUCAUGAUGGAAGUAUUACAACCUAUUGACAAGACAACACCAUCUUCUGGUGCAAAAGGCGGCUCUGAGCAUAAAAUAAGGCGCCGUUCAUGUAAGCCAGGAAGAGAAAUUAGUAAAAAGGGAAAUCAAGUGAAGGAAACCCCUGUCAUACUCUCCGAGAGGGUGGACAAAUCACGUGUGCACUUGGGCUCUUCUGUUUCUGGACAAUCGGUGCAAGUUGAAGCUGGAAGUGUUCAGCGCAGUGGCACAAAGAUCAGUAAUGUUGACUCUAUAUCAACGUCCAUUCUUCCAGAUCUGAACUCUUCCACUACACCUGUGCCAUUUCAACAGCCUUUUACUGAUCUACAACAAGUGCAAUUACGGGCACAAAUCUUUGUUUAUGGAUCAUUAAUUCAAGGUGCAGCACCUGAUGAGGCCAUCAUGGUUUCUGCCUUUGGGACCACCUCUGGAGGGAGGAAUGUUUGGGAGCCUGCAUGGCGUGCUUGUGUAGAAAAGCUGCAUGCACAGAAAUCCCUCUUCUCCAGCUCUGAAGUGGCACAUGAGCCUGGUUCAGGUCUAAAGACACCUGAUCAAACAAGCAAAUAUGAGUUGCAUAAAAGCAAAGCUCUUUCCUCAAAUGCUCCCCGACCAAGCAGUAGCAGGGGUACUUCUAUUCCACCUAUAAUUUCUCCAAUGAUACCUCUUUCAACACCUAUUUGGAGCAUAGCAACUCCCUCCUGUACUGGUCUGCCACCCACUGGUAUGGCAAAAGGAACAAUUAUGGGGUAUCAGGCGGUUUCCCCUUUACCUUCUUUCCAGACUCCACCCAUGAGGAAUUUCCUAGGGCACACUAAUUCUUCGCUAUCACAGACUUCUUUAACUGCACCAUGGGUUGCUUCUUCCCCACAAACUUCUGGUUUUGACAUUAGCACUACUCGUAUUCCUGUUUUCCCCAUCGCAGACCCUGUGAAUUUGACGAUCCCUACAAAAGAAUCGUCUGGUGUUUGUAGCGGGACAAAAUAUGCAUCACCAAUCUCUGUGUCUCCCCCUUGUAUGCCACCUUCUGGGGUUCUUCCACAGACUUCUGCUCAACAUUCUACUGAACUAAAAUCUAAAAAGAGGAAAAAGGCGUCCCGUACUGAGGCUCCUGGACAGAUCCCACUAUCAAUUUUGCCAGGGCCUGCCGCGAGAGUUAGUUGCCGUUGGCCAAAACUAACUCAUUCAUCUGAAGAUAUUGGGCAGGCCUCAUUGAUACCUGAAAGCGAGACAGUAACAGCAUUCUGCACUCCUAUUGCUAGCAAUCUUUCUUCUAUGCCGAUUGCUGUUUCUCCUUCCAUAUCUGCCAACCACUCUAAAAUUGAAGAUACUGAUGUGGAGAAAAGGAAACUAACUUUACUGGAUUUUAACAGAGUUGAUGAUGCAAGGUUACAGUCAGUCGAGGCUGCUGAACAUGCAGCUGUUGCACUUGGUCACUGCCAAGAUAUAUGGAGUGAGUUGGAAAAACAAAAGAACUCUGGAUUGAUGUCGGACGUUGAAACCAAGCUAGCUUCUGUUGCCGCCACUAUAGCAGCGGCCGCUUCUGUUGCUAAAGCCGCAGCCGCAGCUGCUAAGAUCGCAUCAAAUGUCGCUUCACAGGCAAGGCAGAUGGCUGACGAGGUAUUGGCAUCAAAUGAGAGCAGAACUGAUUCUCUACCUGACUUUGUAAGAAACAUAGAAGGUGCAACUCCUGCUUCCAUUCUAAAGGGUGGUUGGGGUGGGCCCAACGUUUCUGGUUCUGUUAUUAUUGCUGCCAGGGAGGCAGCCAAGAGAAGAAUUGACCUUGCUUCUGCUAACUCGAUACACGCUGAAAAUUUAGAUGCCAUAGUUAAGGCUGCUGAAUUGGCUGCUGAGGCUGUAUCACAUGCUGGCAAGGUGGUUGCAAUGGGGGAUCCUUCCACAUUAAGUGAAUUAAUCGAAGCAGGUCCUGAUGGCUACUGGAAAGUUUCCAAAACACUAGGAGAGCAGUGUGUGAAAUCAAAUGGCGCUACUUUAGGGAAAACUGGUCUCAAUGCCACCGAAAUGGAUUCGGAUGUUUGUGUGGAGAAAUCUGAGUGGCCAUCUAGAAAAGCUUUAAAGGCCCUAACAAUGGAUCGAUUGCCUCUACAAUUGGAAGGAGGUGUUAGAGUAGAAGAAGAAAUAUCAACAACGAUUGUAUGUGCUGAAAAUGAAAUAUGUGGGAGCAAGAGUCCCGCUCCAGAACCUACCAAGUCACCCGACUCUUCUUCCACCAAGCCAGAAGUGGACUCUAGGUUAACUUCUCUUCAGGAGGCCUAUGGAAAAGUUGAAAGUUCAACAAGUGGAGAAAACAUAAAGGAAGGCUGUCUUGUUGAGGUUUUUAGGGAUAGUGGUGACUUGAAUGAUGCAUGGUUCUUGGCAAAUGUUUUAAACUUAAAGGAUGGGAAUGCUUUUGUCUCUUACACAGAACUCCAAUCAGAGAAAGGACAUCUAAAGGAGUGGAUCCCUCUAUACAUAGACGGUGAUGAGGUGCCUAGGAUACGUGUUGCAAAACCUAUGACCGUUGUGCACUUCGAAGGUGCCCGAAAAAGGAAACUAGCAGAAGUCAAGGAUUAUUCUUGGUCUGUUGGGGAUCAAGUUGAUGCAUGGAUCCAUGUUUGCUGGCGAGAAGGAAUCAUUGUUGAAAAGAACAAAAAGGAUGAAACUAUGUUCACUGUCAAUUUUCCAGCCCGCGGAGAUAAUGCAGUUGUUAGAGCGCAGCAUCUUCGUCCUAGGCUUAUUUGGAAGGAUGGCUUGUGGAUUGAGUGGUUCACUUCAAGAGAACAGACUUCUCCCAAGAGUAACACUCGGAAGGGGAAGAGGGCAAAGUUGCGAAAUGCGACGAAUGAGGAGGUAGAUUGGGAAAAGGUGAAGGUCACAAAAAGUGUUGAUGUGCCAGAAUUGGAGACAACAAAAGAAGAAACCAAAUCAAUCCAUUUAUCUGCUGCUGAAAAAUCAUUUAAUAUUGGUGCCCACAGGAAUGAGAAUAAUCAGCCAAAGCCUGCCACACAUAGGACAAUGAGGUCUGGCUUACUGCAAAAAAAAGAAGGGCCAAAAGUAAUUUUCGGUGUGCCUAAACCUGGAAAAAAGAGGAAAUUCAUGGAUGUAAGUAAACAUUAUGAUUCAAACAGGGGGGGUGUUAAGAGCACCACCGCUAGUUCAACAAAUGAUUCAGCAAAAAUUGUGAUUCCAACUAGAUCAGGAGUUGGUGGGGGAUGGAGAAAUAGUACCAAAACUGAUGAUGCAAAGGAGAAGAAGUUCCUUGCCGAAUCAAAACCCAAACCUCCCCUUAAACCUCGAAAACCACUCACUUCAAGUAAAAUAUCGAAAGAUAACUAUUUUCGGUCAACUCCGACUAGUUCUGCUGAUGUCAGUCAUGACAAGAGCGAAUCAGGUUACUCAGAUUCAGUGAAGUUUGGUCCCAAUGCUGAAGAAGUGGCUGAAUCAAAGGCUCUUCCUCCUGCUGUUAAAAAGGCUCCAAAAUUGAAGAACAGACCUGAACAGAUGAAUAGGGGAAACUUUGCCACUGGUAGUGGAAUGUUAACAAAACAAGAGGAGGUGAAUGAUAAGUCAACUUCUGAAACCAAUGAACCGCGCAGGUCAAAUCGCAGGAUUCAGCCAACAUCCAGGUUAUUGGAAGGCUUGGAGAGCUCACUGGUUAUCCCUAAGCUCCCUUCUGUUUCACAUGACAAAACACACAAAAACCACAACAGGGGCGCCACAUCCAAAGGCUGAUGGGGAGCUUUUUGGAAGUGAACAAUAAUAUGGUGCGCAUUCAAGUGAUUAGCUCUGCGACAGCAAUUGGGUGCAUAAAUGUUGUAUAUUUCUAAUUAUUUAUUUUAAAAGAUACACAUUGUUGGUGUGAAUUUUCUCACUUGGUUGAUUGAUGCAUUAAUGGCAGAAUUGAGAGAUAUCUCCCGUCCUCCCUAUAUAUAUGUAUGUAUGUAGUUUUGUAUAUGGAAGUAUGAAAUUGGUGCAUUGUUCGAUCAAAUUUCGGUUUUUUAAGAGCCCGUUUGGAGAACUCUGUUUUCG